UAAACACUCAUCUGAUGAAGGCGAGGAGCCUGAAACUCCGAGUAAUGAGUUAUUAGUGAAUACCAAAAAUUUAGUGUACCUGCUCCACUAACAUUGUGUUGAGCACUUUAUGUCCAAUAGUGAUAACAAAUAUAUUACUAUAUAUAUAUAUAUAUAUGUGUGUGUGUGUGUGUGUGUGUGUGUGUGUAUAUAUAUAUAUAUAAUGUAAUAUUUUCAGGUGUUAAUCAAAGUAUUAUAGCGGAUACUGCUUCCGAUGUUAGACGAAACGAUUCGCAGCAUACUUCACAAGGAUAUUCUACAUCGAUGGUCAUAUGCAUAGCUGUCGUAGUCUUCAUCGCAUUACUCAUAUGUGCCAUUAGAUAUGCGAUUAUUCACAAAAAGACGUUGCAAUUCCCAGAAUCACCCGAAGAAGAAACAUUGUCAAGUGAACCUCAUAGUGCCAAUACAUACGACGAGAUUGAAGAUGCUGACUUGUCUGACCAUCCAACUAAUAUGUCUACAUCAACUAAUUGUGCUACUGUACCAUUAUGGGGUAAUGAUUUUAAAGGGUCCUCAAUGUAUAUACACCCUUCGGUAUCGCAAGGCCACGAUAGAGGUCUUCCAGAUCAGAGCAUCUUUGAAACAAGCACAACAUUUCUAAACAUGUCAACAUCAGUUGAUUCGUCUAGACAUUUAAGGUGUAAUGGACCACUCAGAAUGACAGAGUUAUCAGGAAAUGGUCAUGAUGAAGCUUUAAUGUAUAUACACCCUGUGACGUCUCAAGACAAUGACUCGGAUCCUUCAGACCAGAACGUAUUUGAAACAGAAACAACAUUAUCAAACCUGUCAUCAUCAAUUAGUUCUGUCAGUCCUGUAACGUGUAACGGGCCAAUGAGGAUAAACCAUGUUAUUUCAGCUGCUCCAGACGAAUCCUUGAAUUGUGUUCAGUCAGUAGUACCUCUAAACACACCUUUGAGUUGUAAUGGACAGUUAAGAAGUAUCAUCGAGUCUAAUGGUUGGGGAUAAGCUGUUAUAAAUAAGAAACACUUGCACACUAAUUCGUGCACAAAAACAUGAACAUAUCUACUGUCAGGCAAGGUGCGCUUCCUUUCGUUGUGAAUAGGUAGGUAGAUAGCAAGGUUAACGUGCUCAUUUACUGCGGUGUCGAACACACUGAUUGUGAAUAAGACUAGUUUCACUAUGCCUAUGUGAUAUCAAUACUAUAUUAUAAUGUAUAUUACUUGACCGAACUAAAAUGAUGUUGUGUAUUAAUAGAUGUUUGCUGACACAAUUAUAAAAAUUACUUCCCUUGUCCGUAAAGCCGUCAAUAACAUAAUGACGAUAAGGAAGUAACAAGAAAUACUGAAGGUACGCCUUUCUCAAAAGGAACCCUUUUUCUGAGAAAUGGACGAUAAUAAUGUCAUUGUGUUAAUCUAUUUGCAAGUUACAUAUCAAAAUAAUAUAAUUGUUUUAACUUGUGUAAUAAUAGACAUACAUAACUAUUCGAUACAAUAUCUGAAUGAAUUAGUGUUUGUGACACCCUAGAACAAAGAAAGAAUGAUAGAAUGCAUUUUUAACGAAACCCCAGCACAAAAGUAGACAUCGGCUUUUAUGUU